AUGACUUUUGAUCAUGAAGCAAAUAAUAAAUCAAAUAAAAAAGAAAGGUGGUAUUCUCUUCAUUAUUGCUUUAAUAGUCAUAUUAGCUUAUAUAAGAAUACUUAUCUAAAGCUUGUUGAAAUAGCUUUAACUCCUUAUAUAAAAUUCUUAAAACCUCAGUCUAACUUGUGUGCUAUCUGUGAAGAGCUUCAUUAUAAGAUUGCACAUAUUAAUGAUCCUCAAAAAAAAGAGAAUGUUAUCAAGGAAUAUAAUGAUCAUCUGCAAGCUGUCAGACUAGAAUGA